AUGAAAGUAUGCUGGUUACACAGGAAUCGGGAGCAGCGAGUGGCUCCGCACAGGCCGCAGGCUCGCGCUGCCGGGAAUGAUGACCUCCUGGAAACUGGCCUGGUCCAGCAGCGCCUCCUGGAAGCUGGCCUGCUCUUUCAUGCCCUCCUCGAUGGACCUCUUGAUCAGCGUGUCCCAGUCGGUGGUGAGCACGUAGUAGCACUCUGCAAGCGAAACAAAGCACAGCGCGCACAUCAUGCCGAUCCAGAGCCCAAUGAGCCCCAUGUGCAGGUGGAACCCGCACGCGAACGCGAUCGGCAGCGCGAACACGUAAUAGCUGACGAGGUUGAGCCAGCCGCUGAUGUACUGGCGGCCCUGGCCACGCAGCACGCCGCCGCUGACACAGGCAAUGGCGUCGUUCACCUGGUACGCGGCGCCGAUGAUCAGGACCUUGCUGGCGAGCUCGACGACCUCGGGGUCGCUCGAGAAGCACGAGACCACUGCUUUGCGGAACCGCACGAGCACGACGGCGUUGACCGCGCCGAAAAGCACCGACAUCCACGUGGCAGCGUGCGCAGACUUGACCGCGGCGUCCUUGGACGCCGAGCCGAUGAACCAGGCCACUCUGGUCGACGCGGCGACAGAGAUGGCGAGCGGGAUCUGGUAGAUGGUCGAGCCGGUGGUGGUCAUGAUGGACUGCGACGCGAGCGCGGCGGUGCCGAACUUGGACGACGCAAACGUGAUGAUCUCGAACGCGAGCCACUCGGCCUCGAUCAUGAUCACGCCGGGGCCUGCGAGUCGCAAAGUGCGGCUCCAGUUGCGGAACACGUCGCGCGAGAAGCCGCACCAGCACUGGUAGCCGUUGACAAACACCGCGUAGCAGAAGAGCAUCGUCGCCAUGCACCAGUUGGUGAUCACGACGGCCGUGGGCGCCCCCAGAAACCCGAUACCGUACGUCUCGUUCCAAACCAGCUGGUAGUUGAGGACUAUGUUGAGCGGCGCGCACAGCACAAGCACAAGCGUCGACGCGUGGAAGAUGCCCUGCGCCUGGAGGUACUGUUUGAGCACCUCAAACACGAUGUAGCCCGGCACGCCGUACAGCAGCCGUUUCAGGUACGACGAGGCCAGGUCGCUCAGCCGCUCGUCCUGGAUGAUUUUCAGCAGCAGCGGCCGCGACCCCCAGUGCAGAAACGCGUACAUCGGCACGUACAGCAGCAGCAGCAGCACAAGACACCGCAGGCUGUGCAGGCCCACUGCCCGGUAGUCCUUUCUGCCGUACGCCUGCGGACACAGCGUCGACAGCGACGACGCGAUUCCCUGGAUGAUCGCGUACGCAGACACGUUGCACAGCAGGUUUGA